AUGCUCGCUGCCCGACGACCUCCUGACCAGACGAAGCAACGCAUGAACGCAUGGAUGGAGCAGUCGUGCUCGGCUCUCAUACUACCCUCCAACCAGUCGGCGAUGCAACCGUCCGAGCUCGAGAUCAGACGGGAAGUAGAGGCCCUCCGGGAUAUUAGGAGGCGGUCGACUGCAGGCGGACCUGGCUCGCUCAUCCUGGACCCGGAUUUGCCCAGCGCUACAACCCAGCCCUCGCCGACCACCCCAUACUGGUCGCCCGACGAGCUCACCACUACCACCAACAGCGAUAGCACUGAAGAAGAGUCUACAGAUGGCAAUGGUGAUCCCUUCCAUCUCUUCUGGGUACCUGCUCGCCUUCAUCCAGAAAUUGCGCCGGCCGAGUUCAGACAAUUCCUGAAAGAACAUGCCCGCAGUCCCUCAGACGAACCAUCCGGCCUCUCGCGCUCGGUGUCUGGUGGUUCUACAGAUCUCGGGCGGAAGCGAUCUAUGCUGAGCCGGCAGUACAAACCGUCUGCGAAUGAUGGCGUUGAGGAAGAGCAAGUCGUGCCCAUUCGGAGGAAUCGGUCGAGUAUCUACAGCACCGGGCCUCAGCUCACGAUUAGCGAUCUGCAGAAGCUGGAGGAGCUGGCGGAGGAGGCCUCGCAAAGCGAUGACCCCACCAAGUUGAGGAGUGUGUUGCGGAGGAGUCUCAGUCUGAACGUGGCACCCUCAGUCAUCGACCAGAUGGACGACUUGAACGACCCAGGAGAUGAAGCCGAUUCACCAAUCAUUGUGCCGCGCUUGGGCGAGGGAUUGCGUCGUGCAGCACGCACAAAAAUCCGCAAGCCGGGUAUGCAAGGCGAGGGUGCGCAUCGCUUCACUGCUACUCGCAGCCGACGAAAGUCCGUGAGCCGCUCAGCGACGGUGGGUUCGCCUCGGACAUCGAGUGAGAUGUCCGUAAGCGAUCACGGCCACGCGGAGGCCAGCAGGAAGCCUCGCGCAGAGGACGACGCGCCUCCUGUGCCGCAAGUCCCACCUCUUCCACGGCCCGAAUCAUACAGCGAAGAAGCUCUGAUCUAUGACGCAUACGUCACCGAGGAACCAGACGAGGUCGAUGGCCCUCAUAGGGAAACGACUCCUGAACCCUCCGUCGAAUCUUCGCUCUCUGGCCCAUCCUCUACUACGACACACACCGAGUCGCAUGAACUUGCCGUGGAAUCUGGGCCGAUCCUGCAUCAUCCUAAACCACAGCGAGCUGUCACGCCAGCAGUCACUGAGCCUCCCGUGGAAACACACACACCCUCCCCUCCGCCCACGACUGCGCCCGCUAACUCGCCUUCUAACGUGCUGCAGCCACGUCCCUCUUUACAAGAAGCACCCCUCUAUCACCCACCCUCUCCGAGCCCCUCCGAACAGCGACGGGAGAAAGAUAAGAAGGGUGGCUUGUUCAAGUGGGGAAGUGACAAGAGCAGCAAGAAGCAGACCAAGGAGAAGGAGCAGCGCGAGCGCGAGAAGGAGAAGGAGAAGGAGAAAGAGAAAGAGAAGGAUACUGGCUUUUUCGGAUCGCUGUUCGGAGGCAAGAAGAAGCAGGAGGAUGCGCAGCCGUCGACGGCCAAUCAAUCUGGACGCGAGACCGCUGCUGCCCUGUUGGGGGCGUCCAAGUCGUCCAAGAACUACGUCCCGUCUCCUUCGCCGCAGCUUGCUGGCAUGUACGCGCGAUACCCGAUCCAUGUUGAGCGAGCGAUCUACCGGCUCAGUCACAUCAAGCUUGCUAACCCCCGCCGUCCGCUCUACGAGCAGGUCCUGAUCAGUAACCUGAUGUUCUGGUACCUGGGCGUGAUCAACAAGACCCAGAACCCGCAGAACGCUGCUGCGAAUGGCUCAGCGCAACCACAGACGCCAGGACAGGCUCAGCCGGAGCCAGACAAGGAGCAGCAGGAACAAGAGCAGAGGGAGCGGGAGGAGCGGGAGGGGGCGGAGAAAGAACGGAUGGAGAGGGAGCAGGAGCAGAGAGAGAAGCAGCGGCGGGGGAGCCUCACGAAACCCGGAGCGGCGAACGCACCUCAGCCAAGCGUCCGGCGAGCUGAGAUGCCAGUGCGCGGGCCCCAAUAUGAGAUGCAACACCGCGCUAUGGAGCACGAGUAUGGCCACGGGUACUCAAACAACAUGUCCGGGGCCUCCGGAUACGGCUACGGCUCUGGCGGCGGGGCCUCGUAUCAAUCGCAACCUGCACUACGAUCGUCGUCAGCGCCUCCUCAACCAUACACGGUCGGCCUCGCGCAACCACAACCUCAAGCUGCCAACGGUGGUGGUUGCGGGCGGAUCGCUGCCCCCGGGGGCCAUGCCUCCAGUAGCAGUCGAGCAAACAUGGCUAGCAAAUCAAGCGACCACGAGCAUGCUCAACUCGAGGGGCAUACAUCUCCAUCACCCCCGCGCUCCGCUUCCCCGCCGUCUCCGCCCAACCAGUCAGUCGCUCCGCGCCGGACACGGUCUCCGCCGCCUAACCGCUACACACCCGCGCAGGAGAAGCAGCCAUCGUACAGCGCGCCGGGCGCCCGGCUCCCCAGUCGGUCAUUGUCUGCCUCUGCUGCGCCGCCCGUCGUGUCUACGAUGAACCAUUUCAACAACAGUGCCAAGCUAAAGAAGGGUAUCAGUGCGCAUGCGGUGGUGCAGAGCCGGCGGCGCCCCUCAGAGGACGAGGACGUGCCGCUCGCGCUAUGGCAACAAACGCGAAGAAAGUAG